AUGGCCGUGCUCGUCUCCCAGGACUGGCAGCCUCCCAAAGAACAUACCAUGGACGCGCUGCCCGCCCCGUCCGCCCAAAUCAGCCCCGCCGUCCCCCGCCAGCGCUCCUCGCCCGCCAACGACCAGGCUGCACCCAUGUCCCCCGCCCAGCAGCAGCCCUACCCCUACCCCGUCCAGCAGCAGCAGGCCGCCUGGCCCCCCGCCCACUCCCCCCAGCAGUACUACCCUGCCUUUUACCAAAACCAGCCGUCCUACCCCGUCCACGCCCACGCCCCCCAGCAGCAGAUGAACCCCUACUACGACCCCGCCAACAACCAGUACGCCCAGUGGGCCUAUCAGCAGAUGAUGUUCAACGCCCAGCAGGCCCAUCAAAUGUCCCACGUCCCCCAGCACAUCGCCUCCCAGCGCGGUAGGUCCGCCCCGCCCCCCGGCGACUACUUCUCCGUCAACCAGCUCCCCCCCUUCAACCCCUUCCCCAGCGGCACCCCGCCCCCACAUCCCUCCCAGCUCCCCAACGGCCCCUACCCCCCGCCCGACCAGCAGCAGGCCCACCCCCCGCAGUACCAGGGCUUCCACCCGUACCGCCGCCCGCCCCGCCAGGGCUCCUCCAGCCAGGAUCCGCCCCUCAGCACGGACUGGCGACCACCGCCCCAGUCCGGCCCCUUCCAGCCCCCCUACGUCCGCGCCGACGCUGCCGGAUCGUCCACAUCGAUCAACUCGUCCUCCAGUCACUCGGGCAGCCAACGCCAGCGUACAAACAGCAACCAGGGCCCGCCCGCCUCCCCGCCCUCGUCCCAUCAUGUCAAGUCGCCCAGCGCCCGCGGCGCAAGCGCGGCCGCGUCCCCGCCGCCCGCCGCCGCCGCCGCGCCGUCCGCCCCGCAACGCGCCCACGGCCGCACGUCCUCCCAGUCCUCGACCUCGUCCGCGGCCCCCCGCGCGCCCAGCACCUCGUCCACCACCACCGCGGCGUCCCACGGCGGCGGCAGCGCGACGCUCCGCAAACCGUCGCCACUCUCGCAGGGCAACUUCACCGCCGCGGAGAAACGCAUGUCGCGCGAUGACAGCGACCUCGCCGCGAUGCUCGAGCCCAGCCCGAACGCACCCGGCGUGCGCAGUGGCGGGCUCAAAGGGCGUCUGCGGCGCGCGCUCUCGCUCGGCGCGAACAACACGCUGCACGAGGAGGACGAGGGCGAGGACGAGGUGCCCAAGAACGGCGCACCGCCGCCGGCGGGCAGCUCGCAGGCGACGAUCACCGGCGACGACGAGUCGACCGCGACGGUCCAGAAGAAAAAGUCGCGCUCGCUCUUCAACUCGCGCCUGAACCGCUCCACGGACAACAUCUCGCUCUCGUCCACCAUGUCCUCCGCGUCCAUGGUCAUCCGCAAGCUCGGCAACAUCGGCAAGCUCACCCGACGCAACUCGCUCGCCGGCAUCACCUCGCUCUUCAAAGACAAGAAGGACAAGGAGGACGAGGAGGCCACCGGCCCCGGCGCCGCCGCCAAGAAGAGCAAGAAGAAGAAGGGCGAAAAGGGCGCCCCCGCGGACCCCAGCGUGUCCAUGGCCACCGCCGAGCUCGACCGCUCAGAAUACGCCAGCCCCGAGCUCGCAGGCCUCAGUCCCGCCGCCCGCCUCGCGCGGCAGCACACGCUCAAGAGCAACGCCGAGGCCGCAGCAAGGGCCAAGGCAGACGCAGAGGCCCGCGCCGCCGCAGCGGCCGCCGCCCAGAACGGCGAGCAGGCGGACGUGCCGGCGACGUGGGAGAAGAACACGACCACCCGGCAGGGCGAGGGCGCCGCCCCGGGGGGGCCGGGCGCGCGGCGGGUGAACGAGGAGGGCAUGGGCGUCGUGGACGACAACUCGGACAGCGGGAGCGACGAAGGGCCGCUCGACCGCCAUCCGCAGAGCUACAGCAUGGACGGCUGGGACGACGACGACGACUGGAACGAGGCGCACGAGGACGAGGACAUGACGAUCCGCGCCGAGCUGGAGGCCGCGACGCUCGAGGACCACCACCAGGCGGAGAUGGAGCCGUGGGCGGUCAACGUCCGGCGGAGCGUCGAGAAGGCGCGCAAGCCGGCGAAGGGCAUCCUGAAAACCCGCGCAGACUACGAGCAGCCGGACCCGCCGUUCGCGCGCAUGCGCUCAAACUCGUACGACUCGGCGCCCUCGCGCAGCGGCGAGCUCGGGCCGCUCGCGCGCAUACCGUCGCCCGACCCCGACCACAUCGACGGCCUGCACAAGCACAACGCGCACGGCCCGCACCACGGCCAGGCGAACAGCAACGGCACGUUCAUCCCGCCGCUGUCGUUCGAGCACAACGGGCUCGCGCUCGACUCGCCAAAGGACAGCACCGACACGAGCAGCGUGAGCUCGGGCGCGACGGAGAAGGGCCUCUUCACGCAUCCCAACUCGUCCGCGCCCGCGCUCUCGACCAUGUUCUCGCCAAAUCCGCCGACGCUCUCGCAGCGCUCGGCGACCGCGCCCGCGAAGCGCCUCGCGUUUGCGUCCAACUUGUCCGUGUACGACACCUUCCCCGCGACGGUGUACGACAGGCGGAGCGAGCCUGCGACGUGGAGCCGGCUCACCCCGGCGCUGGCGCAGCGCAUCAAGGAGGAACUCAACUCGUACAAGAUGGAGGAGAUGGAGGUGCAUGCUGCAAGUCGUGUCCACACGCAAUUCUUCGUUUGA